GUGAACAUGGGCAGUCCCCUUUCUAGUGCUGCACGCUGUGAAAUGCUGCAGCUGACCAACCAGUUUUAGCUCCUUACAAGUUUUUUUUUUUAAUAGCAAGAGUCACAACUGUAUUAAAUUCAAAGUGUUCAGUGUCACAGGAGCAUUUGGAACUGUGAGAUUUUGUUUAUUCCUCAGCUAAGAAAUAGAGGCUCCAUCAGUGUGCCUCCAAUCAAGGUAAAUAGGCAUGUUUUGUUUGUAUAAAUAAAACUUUAGUGAUUGCACACCGGGGUGCUUCCAAUGUUUCUGUGUUCUGUGUAUGAUUCAUGGGGCAAAUGAUCAUUUAUUGCUACACUUCCUCAUAUUCCUUCCACAAUACAUUGCUGCCAAGCAACACUGUCCUUUAUUCUUAAUCUCCCCUGCCACAUGAUUUCUGGUCAUGCCCAGAUCUCUGCUCUCUGUCUUAAACUCCUAAGCUAGCACAAUUUUCUGGGAGGGAUGAGGAAUGGGAUGGUGAAGGCAGGCAGGUGUUUCAUCAGGCAGAUGCAGAAAUCUGCAGAAGGGAAUUUCUGGAAUAAUCGCUGGCGCAGCUCUGGAAGAUGCCAUCCUCCACCCCCGACUCAGACAGGAGGCACAGAGCCUCAGCAGCAUUUUCUCUGAGUUUCCUCUCUUUGAUCUUCUCCAUCACGGCUUUCAGCAGCAGUUACUGGUGUGAAGGGACCAGAAAAGUUGCCAAACCCUUCUGCAAAGGGGACGGCAAAGGGGACCUGUGCAUCCGCUUCAACAGCGCCGACGGCAACAGCAGCCAGGCUGUGCAGUACAUCUGGGAGACAGGGGAUGACAAGUUCGUGGAGAAGAAGUUCCACGCUGGCAUCUGGUACUCCUGUGAAGAAAUGAUAAAUGAAGAAGGUGAGAAAUGUAGAAGCUUCAUCAGUCUGACUCCAGCUUCUGAUCGAGGGGUUUUAUGGCUGUCUAUUGUAGCAGAGCUUCUCUACGUGGUUUUGCUCCUGACUGGGAACAUUCUCAUGUCAGUGGAAAUAUGCUACUACAGCUCUGUCAUUGAUGGGCUGAAGAUCAACGCCUUCUCUGCAGUGGUCACCGUGCUAGCAGGUCUUCUGGGCAUGGUUGCUCACAUGAUGUACACCACUGUAUUUCAAAUGACUGUAAAUCUUGGUCCUGAAGACUGGAGACCUCACACGUGGGAUUAUGGCUGGUCCUAUGGCCUUGCAUGGACCUCCUUCGCUUGCUGUAUGGCUGCAGCUGUCACCACUAUUAACAAAUAUACAAAAACUAUCUUGGAGUUCAAGCACAAGAGAAAAAAGCUGGAAAGGAGCUUUAGGAUUCAGUACAAGUUUCCCGAGCACACAGCUCCAGAGAAGGUUUGCAAUGUGUAUGUGAACUCUUUCCAAAACACCACAGAUGACCCCACACAUGCAUUAAGAAGUCUGCGUCACCUGGCCACUAUUUCAGUCCUGUAGAGCUGAGCCAGAUCUCAGAGCAUUCUGUAAAUUAUAAUCCUAGAUCCAAACAAAACAGUGUUAAUGAAUAAAACCCAUCAGUGUGUAGUAUCAUUUAUUUUUCUUAAUAAAGAAGUUCUAUUUCCGUGGAUGUUUCAAGGAAGUCUUGGGGUUGGAACAGAAGAUUCAGGUGGCUCAGUUCAGAUAAAAACAGUGACACAGGUUCCCCCCAGGUCCAGUUUUUAAGCAGUUUCUACCAGUGAGUUUGUCAGAAUUUUAGAGCAUCACUCCACCUGAUUCUUUAUUAAAAAGGCUGUAAAAAAAUCCCAUCUUGAAACCAAAACCCAUGAGAAGCAGGGCAGCAAAUAAGGCAUGUGGUGCAAGGCUUGGAUAAUUUUUGGUGGUGAAAGGUUCAAUCUCUCCAAGAAAAUCUGUGGACCUGAGCUUAUGGUUCAAGAGUUUCACCAUACACAUGGUGGAUUUGCUGUGAAAGGAAAGCUGAUAGAGGGAACAGGUUUCAGUGUAAACCCUUACAUAAAAUGAGAAGGCAAAUAAAAUUUGGAAGAUUCAUAAGGAGGCAAACUGAAAUCUAAAAAAUACCUGGUUGUGGACAGCACAGAACUCACCUAUGGAAUUCUCCAGGAAUCAUUCUGGCAACAGAGUCAGAAAGAAGCAAAAUUUGAUUUAUACAUUUCUACAUAAAGAAUCUAUAAUCACAUUAGAGAUGGGGAGGUGGAAAUGAUUGCAGUCGUCACAGACCAGGAACAUGGAGCUGUUCCACUCUGAGGAUCAUCAUGGAGCUUCCUCAUGGAACUGAGCCACGUGCCUGCCUGGCUGGACACCAGAAUAUUCCUGUUCUUGAUCCCCUUGGGAAACACACGUGAGAACUCUGGGUGGCAGAGGUCCUGCACAGUCUACUGAGCAGCUCUGGCCUUUGGAAAAAUUCCUACAUAUCUUUACCCAGGCAAUAAAUACAGUUUGAGCUUGUUCUGCCAGCAGGACCUGUAACAGGUCAGGUUAUGGCCAGUGAUAAGGUGGAGCUGAUAACAGAGAGGCUUCAUUAAAUCAGAAGAAAAACAUUAGUGGUAAGAGAGGAGAGUUUUUGUCUAUGUAUGGAAUAUGCUUUAAAAAAUGAGAUUUCCUCAUUGGCAACAGGUCCCAAAGCUUCACUGCUGCAAUUGUAGAAAUUCAAUGCUGCAAUUGUAGAAAUUCAAUGCUGCAAUUGUAGAAAUUCACUGAUGCAAUUGUAGAAAAACAAUGUCCUGUAUCAAAUCAGCAGGUCAUGUGUUCCAGUUUGUGUCCAUUACCUUUUUUAUUUCUACUCUGCAUAUUUGAGAAGAAUCUGCCUCCAUAUUCCCUACACCAUCCUACUAGGGGGCUGCAACAGCAAUAAGGUUUCCUCUUUAAUCUUUAGAAAAGUCUGGUUUUAUCCUUUCAGUGCUCUGAAAGUGCCACCUUCAGUCCAGCAGGGGAAGGAAGCAGGAGAGUUUGGUGCCCACUCUGUCAGAAGCAGUCUCAAUCCCUUGACCAAAACACAAUUUCUUCCUUUCUUCCCCUUGGUUCACCCAUUUCUUUGUGAUGGGUAUGUUUCUAACACCUUCACCAACAGAGGAAUUAUUUCUGAUUCCAUCUGACUUUCUGCUUUUUGUCAACCCUAACUCUUUUUUAAAUAGAUUUUUACCCAUCUCAUGCUGUUCCUGGGUGGCAUAGAAGAAUUUCCAGCUCAUCCAGGAACAUACUUGGAUAAUGCCUACAAGUUCUUUGAAAAAUCCAAUUUAUGCAAGUGCCUCAUUUUAUUUUUCUUAGCCUGCAGGUCACUAACAGCCUGACAGUCUCUGCCAUUUCCUCAGGACUGUUUCUUACACUGGUUUGCAAGGAUCUAAAGUGCUGUAGGCGGGCAAGGGCUAUUUAAAUAAUUGUGCAGUAAGAAUCCAUCCAGAUCCAUUCUUAAAUCUCAAGCUGUCUGUUUUUUCUCAUGCUAACCAUUCCAGAAGCUGUAUGUCUUCUGCUGGAUAUCUGGUAAAUAAAUUCACCUGACGAAAUGCAAGAUUUCUUAUCCCUAUUUGUAAGCCACAGUUUCAUAUUCUGCCUCUUAUUUUAACUUUUGACACCCAGUAAGUCCUGGAACCACAUUAUUUGAAAGCAGAGGAAAAGCACCAGCAGCAUUUUUAUUCUGAUUCAUUAAAUCUAAUCACUUUUGAUGAAUAUGGCAUCUCAGUAAAUUUCAGACACAGAUCUACAGCAGUCCUGGUUACCACUGGGAGCUAAUGAGACAAAUAGGCACCUCUGGGAUGCAAUUCCUGUUAUCCUGAACUUGUCUUAACAUUUCUUUUUCUUAUCAUAAUAUUUUUAUGUGCAACAUCUAUCCACAGGUAAGACAGCAAAACAGAGAUCAACAAAUGAAAUAGAAAACUUCAGAUUAAAUAAUAGAUUUCCCCAGAGGGGGGAAAAAAAAAUAUUGUGCCUGAAAUACCAGUGGAGAAACCUCAUCUUCAAGAUGAGAAAAAGCCACUGAAUUAGAGAAAAGUGUGACCCAUUUAAAAGGUCAUCUAAUCCUUCUUUUCUUUUAGGCAGGAUAAACUAAAGCUACAUUGCUUUUUUUACAGAUGUUUCAUUAAUCUCUUCUUUAAAGCUUCUGAAGACAGGCAUUUGAAAAUUUCUGUGGCAAUUUAUCCUUUGUGCUUAACUAUUCUUAGCAGAAAAUGCUGUCCCUGUAAAUCUCCUUGGCAGCAAUUUUAGCACAUUGUCCCACUCCAGCAGACAUGGAGAACAGCUCAGUCCUGCCUUCUCUGCAGAACAUUUCAGGAAUUUGAAAAUCAUUCAGACUCAACUUUCUAGGUAAAAAUACAUCUGUUUUUUUAAACUUUCUUGGUGGGACACUGGUAUUAUUUUACCUCUUUCACUGCCUCCUGCUGUGGCUCCUUGAACUGCUUGAAGUUUGGAAGUGAAAUUGUGUGAGGAAUUUCUGCUGAUCUCUAGAAUGUGCAAAAUGGAUUAUUCAGCUUAUUUUAACAUGUAAUCCACUUGUUUUUACAACAAAGAAGGACAAUAAUAGAGACCAUAGAAAUCACAGAAUGGUUUGGGUUGGAAGGGACCUCCAAGAGCAUCUAUCAUGGCAGGGACAACUUCCACCACCCCAAGUUGCUCCAAGCUCUGUCCAACCUGGCCUUGGACACUUCCAGGGAUGGGGCAGCCACAAACAAUGUUGGUUAGCUGGGAUGUCCUGUGGUGCCUGAUCCUUUUCUGAUGAAAUUCUGCUUAUUCUGCAUCUUGCUCUUAUGGAAAUGUGGAGGACUUGGCUGCUGCUGAGGCACAGAAACAAACAGAACUGAGAUCACAGCAAAUGCCCACUGGUUUGAAGGAGCAGAGUUCUGCUGAGGACCAAGAAAAUUGUGAACAAAUGAGUGUUUGACCUCCCAGUGAAGGCAUAGCCACUCACAGUACAACAAAACCCCAGU